UCUGACUGUUUAACACCUUGGCACCUCCAUCUAACUUCUGCUGUGAGACGUUCAAUGCCCUAGCUCGCGUGUUUGUCGCAAUACACACACAAUGCAACUUUGACUUCAUUUCCCUGUCUGUCUUCUCCCUGGAUCGAAAAAGGGAAAAAACAUGAGAGACGCGGGGGAAGGAGGCGGCAGAGACCAAAUCAAAUCUGAGAAGGACCAGAGUUGGAUCCCCAAAAUCAUCAAAAAACGAGUGUGCACCGCCUUUGUAGAAGAUUCAUUCAGUAAUGGAAGUUUGUGCCAGUGUGGGGGUGCGAGAGAUGCCCAUGCCUCCGUGGCUCUUGGAGACUAUUUCAGCACAGCAAUCGUCAACCACUGGGACAGUGCCCAGCACUCAUCUGAAUACCCCACGGAUGCCUUUGGAGAGCUGCAGUUUGCAGGAGCCAGCAAGAGGCAUAGCUAUUUCCUGCGGCUGUCAUGGGACACACCCCCAUCUAUGGUCUACACCCUGAUGACAGCCCACUGGGGUCUACCGACACCCAACCUGGUGGUUUCUGUAGUGGGUGGAGAAGGCAGAUCAAAGGUGAAGACCUGGGUUCGGGAGGUCAUCAGACAAGGUCUGGUGAAAGCUUCACAGAGCACAGGAGCGUGGAUACUGACUGCAGGCUUGCGUGAGGGUGUAGGCCGAUGUGUUGGUGAGGCAGUGCGGGAUCACGCCACCGCAGCUUCUUCAGUCUCCAUUAACAAGGUGGUGGCGCUGGGCAUCACUCCCUGGGGUCUCGUGCACAACCGCCAGCAACUAGUCAACCCUCAGGGCAGUUUUCCUGCUAAGUACUAUGUCCAGAACACGUCCCGGGACUCCUGCUGCCUGGACAACAACUACCAGGCUUUCCUGCUGGUGGAUGAUGGGAGUGUGGGACGCAGCGGGGGGGAGACAAGCUUCAGGGCCAAACUGGAGGACUACAUCUCACACCAGCGGACAGGAAUCUGGGGAAGCGGCAGCAUUGACAUUCCUGUUCUGUGUAUGCUGGUGUCUGGGGAAGCAAACAUGCUGGAGAGAGUGGAUCUGUCUCUGAAAAGCUCUAUGCCCUGGUUGGUGCUGGCGGGCUCAGGGGGCGUGGCCGAUUUCCUGAGUGACAUCUUGGAGAACCUGUCAUCAGCCCCGGUUGUGCAGUCGUCCGGUGAGGGCGAUGCUGAGGCGGGACCUAGCAUGGAUCUGAAAGACAGGAUGGCAGAACGCUUUAAGAAGUACUUUCCUUCUGAAGCAGAAGCAGAAAAACUAGUUGAACGGGCGCUGAGCAUCUACAACAACAAAGACCUCAUCACAAUAUACCACGGAGAGCAAGAAGGUCCCAACGACUUUGAUACUGUCCUGCUGAAAACAUUGGUCGGAGCCAGUAAGCAGCGUGCAUCAAUAGACGCCAGCCCGUACAAUGAGGAGUUGAAGCUCGCCGUCACAUGGAACAGGGUUGACAUUGCUAAGAGUGAACUCUUCAAUGGGGACAUCCAGUGGAGGUACGACGACUUGGAGGAUUCCAUGACAGACGCCCUGAUUAAUGACAAGCCCCAGUUUGUGCGUCUUUUCACCGAAAACGGCCUCAAUAUCCUGGACUACCUGACCUAUGGCAGACUGGAAAGCCUCUACCGCUCUGUGGCCGAUGGGACGCUUCUUUACCAGCUACUACAGCGCUGCCUGGUGGAGAGACUGGGAACUGCAGCCGUCGGCACAUUGUCCACUCACCAGGAAUCUCCCUCCAAAUCAGCAGCAGAGAAGAUGCAGGGUGGCCAGGUCAUGGAUAUCACCCUUUUUGAGGUGGCAGGAGUCCUGGAGUGGUUAAUGGGCGACGUCUGCCGGCCAUUCUACUAUGAAGCUGUGGGCUUAGGACAGAUUUCAUCCAGGAGGCGAGCUAUAAAGCGUGUCAGUAAACUUCUGCGUGGAGACAAUUUGUAUCGGGAGAGGCGUUGCUUGUAUCCCUGGGCUUCUCUCUUCAUCUGGGCUGUCCUGCAGAACCGGAACGAGAUGGCCACUUUCUUCUGGGAGAUGGCAGCGGAAUCAGUGCUGAGCGCAUUGAGCGGUUGUAAGAUUCUGAGGGAGUUGUCCAAACUGGAGACAGAGACCGAAACCAAACUCAGCAUGAAAGACCUCGCACAGAAGUUUGAAAACCUGGCACAUGAUAUCUUCAGCUCUUGUUAUCGAAGCCAUGAGAGCCGCUCUUUCACUCUGCUGAUCCGAAAAUCUCCGGUUUGGGGCGGAACCACCUGCCUUCAGAUGGGCAUGAGUGCUGAUGCAAGGCUUUUCUUCAGCCACGAUGGAGUACAAUCUCUUUUGUCCCAGAUCUGGUGGGGUGACAUGAAGAGGAACACCGAUGUGUGGAAGCUCCUGCUCACCUUCUUCUGCCCUGUCCUCUGUUACACUAAUCUCAUCUCCUUCAGGGAACAAGAAGACCUCCAGCAAGGGGGCGACGACAAGCCUAAUGAGGACCCUCACGCCCGGGACAACGACAGCCUCUACGGCGCCACCGUCUUCUCUUUCUCAGACAUCAAGCACAUUGAUGCUGAUUCACAAGAAGCUCACAGUCCCAGGACAGCGACUAUUAAAGGCAUACCUCAGUCUUAUAGACCUCCCAAGCGUCCAUUCAUAGUUUCAAGAUGGCGUCAGUUCUGGUUUGCUCCCGUCACCUCCUUUCUGGGCAACGUCCUGAUGUACUUCCUCUUCCUGCUGCUCUUCGCUUACGUGCUGCUGGUGGACUUUAAGCCACCACCGCCUGCUGGUCCGGCCAUUACCGAGUACGUCCUGUACUUCUGGGUGUUCACCAUCGUGUGUGAGGAGAUCAGGGAGACUUUCUUUCAGGGGACGGUAACGUGGCGUCAGAGGUUCAGAUUAUACAUUCAGGAUGUGUGGAACAAAUGUGACCUCACUGCCAUCAUUCUGUUUAUCAUAGGACUAAUCUGCAGGAUGUUUGAGUGGUCAUAUGGAUUUGGUCGGGAUGUCCUGUGUGUAGAUUACAUGGUCUUCACCCUCCGUCUUAUUCAUAUCUUUGCCAUUCACAAACAGCUGGGGCCAAAGAUCAUUAUUGUUGGCAAGAUGAUGAAGGAUGUUUUCUUCUUUCUCUUCUUCCUGGGCGUGUGGCUCAUGGCCUAUGGUGUAGCCAAUCAGGCUUUGAUUUAUUCAUAUGAUCCCAACCCGGAUCGCAUCUUUCGCCGGGUUUUCUACAGGCCAUACCUGCACAUCUUUGGACAGAUCCCUGUGGAGGAGAUGGACGUUGGGAAGGAGUGGGACAUGCCAUGCACAGACAACGUGACAUUGAUUGAGACCGGGGCAGAGCCUUGUAGAGUCCAGCACAGUAACUGGCUGGUGGUUAUUCUGCUUGUCAUUUACCUGCUCGUCACCAACAUUCUGCUCAUCAACCUCCUUAUCGCCAUGUUUAGUUACACUUUCUCUGAGGUUCAGGCAAACAGCGACAUCUACUGGAAGUUCCAGCGCUACAACCUGAUCGUUCAGUACCAUUCCCGUCCUUCGCUGGCUCCUCCUUUCAUCAUACUCUCACACAUCAACCUCUUCAUCAAGAGGAAAAUCCGCAAGGUGCCUUCUGUGAAGAUUCACCACUUUGUGUUGGAGUUAAAAGGGAAAGCGGCAAACAGACUAAUGACGUGGGAAACUAUUCAGAAAGAGGAUUUCCUCACGGCUCAGAGCAAGGUUCAGAAAAGCAGUGACUCGGAGCGGCUCAAAAGGAUGUCUGCCAAGGUGGAUGGUGUGGUGAAACAUCUGACUGAGACCAGAGACUUAGACCACAGGCUGAGGGCUUUGGAGAACGAGAUGGAGUAUUGCUCAAACGCUCUCAGCUGGAUUGUGGAUACUUUAGCUAACAGUAGUACUUUUAAGCCUCCUCGAGCUCCACCCGCAUUAAGAGACACAUUCCUUUCGUCUUAUUCUUCGACCUGACUUGACUUUAACCCGGCGAUGUCGUCACUUGCUCAGGAUGAAUAAAAGAAGACUUAUUUUGCUGCUCCUGUACUAUCAUCAUCUACAGACCUUUGUUUCUGUUCAACAUGGGACUCUGUGGUCAAAAAUGAGCUAAAAACAAAAAAAAUAUCAGUCAUAUCUUGUUACAGUGGAUGGCAUGUUAGGGUUACUUUAGGUAAAAUAAUAAACCCAGUGAGAGGAGGAUGGUGACACUUUAAUUGGAGGAAAAAAAAAUAAGCGCUUUACUGUCACUGAGAAUGAAAGGGUGAAUUUAUGAGAAAAAAAAACUCAUACGCUAACAAGAUAAACAAGAAAAAUAGGAUGCCGUGUUAGAUGUAUAUACAGAUAAAGACUUGGGAACAAAGCUUGUCAGUUGGGUUUGUCUGAGUACGUUGCGUUCAGUGGCACCAGGGUUCACGUUCAUGAAUAUUUAACUACACAGUUUUGUUCAGGUUUGUUAGGUUUAGGAGAAGAUUGUACUUGAGGUUUUUAUUUGUUAACUCGUUUUGAUGAAUUGAUAACCGCUGGAUAAGUGUAUUUCCCAGUUUCUAGAUUGUUUUUUGGGUGUCGUUAUAAAAUAAACCUUAAAUGUUAAGUUAGUCUUGUUGGUUGAGCUGCAGUUUGUGGUUUCAGUGUAUUUUUCCUGGUGUUUGUGCAGUGGAUUGUGGUUAAAGUAAUAAAUAAUAAAAAGUAAUAGGUGAAGGUUUAUGUCAGUCUGGUGUGCAUUAAUAGUGUUAGUAGAAAACUGAAACUAAAUACACAGAAUGAUAAUUAAUGUUGUAAAGGUCCAACCUCCAGUGUCCCAUACGGCAGCUCUGUACACGACUCACUCAGCCAAACCAGACCAACAAGACUGAAGGACUUACCUGUAUUUGCUCCUAAUUAUGCUUCCUAUUUUACUCUCAAAAGUGGAGUUUUUCCUCACAUUUUCACCCUGUUUCUCCCACUUCAAUUGUUUUAGAUUAUACCCAAAGUGACCCUAAUACACUGUGGUUUUGUAGCAUAUAAAAGUUUAUAUUUUAACUAUGAAAUCUAUUUUAUUUUAAAGCCAAAGUCAACGUUACAUUAAAGCUGAGAGACUGUUUUACAGUAUGUUACAGAGUUGUAAUACUUUCAUUGUGAAAUUGUUUUGUUACAUUCUGGUUUCUUGCAUUUAAUGUUGCUACUUUUGGUCAUUUUAUUUUAUUUGCUACAUUUUUAUGGAGAUUAAAGUGUUACAGUGUUUUUAAA